AUGCCGUCUUCCUCUCGUAGCCAAACUUUAACGCAAGGACUGACCCUGGAGGAUUGCAUCAAAAAGCUCGGCUCGCAACUUUCCCACUUCGACUCCAAGGAUAUCUUCUGUAAUGUAACAAGUGAUAAUGCCUUAUGCUGGCCACCUACUAAAGCUGGUACAACUGCCAGUCAACGCUGUCCCUCUGUGGAUGGUUCAGAUACGAAUAAGUUUGCUUACCGCACUUGUGGACAUGAUGGAAAAUGGAGUCCAAAGUGGGCGAACGCCGGCGGCCCAUGGACGAAUUACACUCAGUGCUACCGUUCGGAAGCUGAACUUAUUUUUCAGUUCGACUCUGAAAAUAUCCGGAAAGCUUCAUCAGAAGACAUUACCCAUUCCAGUAUUCUCGGUAUUUGUGGCCUGUCUUUCUCUCUACUGGCAGUUUUUCUUACUUUGGCUUAUAUGCGUUAUAAGGAUUACAAAGGAGCCAGAAUAAGUGUCUACAAGAAUCUGCUUGCCACUUUGGUCAUCGAAGCAUCUGUUAAGCUCUCAUUUCAGAUUAUACUUUUGAUGGUCUGGAUCGGUGAAGGCCUAGUGAUCACUAUGUUCGAUAUACCACAUUUGUGUGAAAUCUUCGUUGUGAUCGUCGAAUUCGCUGAACUUUCAACUUACAUCUGGAUCACGCUGCACGGACACCUAUGUUACCUGGAGGCCAAGCAGUAUGACCCUUACAAAGUUCAGGUUCUCUAUUCGGCACUCGGUUGGGGAGUACCCAUCAUCACUCUAGCAGAGUGGUUGGCUGUGCAGGCUGCUACUAACGACGCCACCUGUUGGUAUGGUUACCGUUUCCAACAGAGCGCUUGGAUACUAGAGCUACCACGUGUUUGGGGAUUACUACUUGGAAUCGGCUUUUUGUUGUACACCACUUGGAUUAUGCACGACACAGGUCACAUGCGGGACAUUACAGAAAUGGAAACUAUUAGGCGGAGUACCAUUGCCUGUUUCACGUAUAUUGUCAUGAUGUCGAUGUCACUAACUACGGCAAUUUUAUUGGCUCAUUUAGCCCAGAAAAGCGACAACGUUCCUAACUUAUUGGGUCUCAUCUAUACGAUCACCUUUCUUACUUCUUUUCGCGGACUUUUCAUUUCACUCGGCUACUGGGUGUGGGAACAUAAAGGGGAACACUGGCAUCAAAAGUCUCUCUCUCUCUCUCUCUCUCUCUCUCUCUCUAUCUAUCUAUCUAUCUAUCUAUCUAUCUAUCUAUCUCACCCACCCACACACACACACACACACACACACCGGAACAAUGAUUCUUCUUCUUCUUCUUCUUCUUCUUCUUCUUCUUCUUCUUCUUCUUCUUCUUCUUCUGUCUAA